UUUGAUAUUCAUAUUGACAUGACAGAAGAAAUCGCUUGAAUGGAAAUAUUGUUACUACUACUUGUAGUAAAAGCAUGAAGCAAUCUUCCAUGGUCCAUUCUUGUUCUUAUUCGAUAACAUUUCGUUUUGUUUUCUUUUUCAUAUCCUUUUGUAUCUACUUUUUGACGACGACCCAUGCUCAAGUAGUCCACCGACGGCUCUGGCCGUGGCCAGCGGGACCUUGGCCGUCAAGGCCUUGGCCAACAAGGCCUUGGCCAACAAGGCCUUGGCCAACGAGACCUUGGCCGUUUCCAUGGCCAAUGGAACCUCCACAACCUGGCCCACCACCAAACCCAUCACCAAAGCCUGGUCCAACACCUGGACCAUCUCCAAACCCACCAAUACCACCUAAGCCUCAACCAAAGCCACCGGCCCCUGGUCCAUCUCCAUGUCCACCAAUACCACCUAAGCCUCAACCAAAGCCACCACCAAAGCCGCAACCAAAGCCACCACCGGCACCUACCCCGUCUCCAUGCCCACCGCAACCACCAAAGCCGCAACCAAAGCCACCACCGGCACCUACCCCGUCUCCAUGCCCACCGCAACCACCAAAACCGCAACCAAAGCCACCACCAGCACCUGGUCCAUCACCAAAGCCAGGUCCAUCACCAUCACCACCUAAGCCACCACCUAGUCCAGCUCCGAAACCUGUUCCACCACCUUCUCCAUCGCCAAAACCUAGCCCACCCAAGCCACCUGCACCAUCGCCAAAACCUAGCCCACCCAAGCCACCUGCCCCAUCACCACCUAAGCCACAGAACAAAACCAUACCGGCUGUGUUUUUCUUUGGUGAUUCAAUCUUUGACACAGGAAAUAACAAUAACCUAGACACAAAGCUAAAAUGUAAUUAUCGUCCCUAUGGUAUGGAUUUUCCUAUGGGAGUCGCCACCGGUAGAUUCAGCAACGGAAGGGUCGCUUCCGAUUAUAUAUCCAAAUAUUUGGGAGUAAAAGAAAUUGUACCGGCAUAUGUAGACAAGAAACUACAACAAAACAACGAACUACAACAAAGCGAUCUACUUACGGGCGUAUCUUUUGCUUCGGGUGGUGCUGGCUACCUUCCUCAAACAUCUGAAUCAUGGAAAGUAACAACAAUGUUGGACCAGUUGACAUAUUUCCAAGACUACAAGAAAAGAAUGAAGAAGCUAGUAGGAAAAAAGAAGACUAAAAAGAUUGUGAGCAAAGGAGCAGCCAUUGUGGUCGCCGGAAGCAAUGAUCUGAUUUAUACAUAUUUUGGAAAUGGUGCUCAACACCUCAAAAAUGACGUCGACUCUUUUACCACUAUGAUGGCUGAUUCUGCUGCCAGUUUCGUCUUGCAACUGUAUGGAUAUGGAGCAAGACGUAUAGGAGUGAUCGGAACACCACCGAUUGGAUGUACACCUUCACAGAGAGUUAAAAAGAAAAAAAUAUGUAAUGAAGAUCUAAAUUAUGCUGCUCAGCUUUUCAAUUCUAAGCUCAUAAUUAUUUUGGGUCAACUGUCCAAAACCCUACCAAAUUCUACAAUUGUUUACGGGGAUAUCUACUCUAUCUUCAGCAAGAUGCUAGAAAGCCCAGAAGACUAUGGGUUUGAGGAGAUAAAGAAACCGUGUUGCAAAAUAGGAUUGACGAAAGGAGGUGUAUUCUGCAAAGAGAGGACAUCAAAAAUAUGUCCCAAUACAUCGUCUUAUCUGUUUUGGGACGGUCUCCAUCCCAGUCAGAGAGCUUAUGAAAUAUCAAACAGAAAACUUGUAAAGAAAUACAUCCAUUUUAUCUGAUUAACUAGUAUUGAUCCCCAAUGCUAUGCAUGAGAAUCUUUUUUCUGUUACAAAAAAAAAUCAGUUUUAUAUAUAACUAAAAUUACACGUAUAACUUUGAUUUAUUAGAGGGAGA